AUGGCGUCCCUGAGAGAUCAGCAAAGCCACCAGAGACUUCAAGUGAUCCAUUGUCUUUGCAAGUUGAAGAUUUGGAGCGAUUGCUGUCGCUACUGUGGUACAGGAAACAGCUUUGACAAGCGAGUUUGUGAGCGAGUUGCACUCCUGUUGGCUGGGGCCAAGCGAAUGGAUUUUUCCAGCAAUGCGCAGAAGAGGCAGAUUCGCGCACGACUUCAGGCCGGCCUUGCUCUUUUGGAUGAAAGGGAUAAGCAACUGGCGCAAGUGAAGAAUUCCUGCGAUCUACUCGUACGUGGGAUUGGGGUUCACCAUGGCGGCAUGCUACAACUUCUUCGUGAAAUGGUCGAGUUGCUUUUUGCAGAUGGUUUACUUUCCGUCAUCUUCGCGACAGAGACCUUUGCAGUUGGCUUGAAUAUGCCUGCCAAAUCUGUCAUCUUCACAGAUGUUGUGAAAUUCGAUGGGCGGAUUCGCCGUGCACUGAACAGUGGGGAGUUUCGGCAGAUGUCUGGGAGAGCAGGCCGGCGUGGGUUGGAUUUGAGAGGCCAUGUUUAUGUCAUGCUACAUAGCGCCAAGAUCCUGCGUGAACCCACCGCAACCGUACUUGAACAACUAUACACCGAAGAACCGGCUGAGGUGAGGAGCUGCUAUCGUGUGCGGUGGUCUUAUUUGCUUCACUUGAUUUCAGCUGGCCCAGCGCAUCUUUAUACCAUGCUUGGCAGAAGCCUACAGAGGCUCACAGACCCAUAUGCUUCCAGCAAACUACAGCAAGAGGCAACUCGAAUGGUGAAAGUCUUGCAAGAACUCGAUUUUGUUGACGAGUCAGGCGCAACAUUGCCCAAAGGGACAUUGGCUUGCCAUUUGUUCGUGCCAGAAGACGCACUGCUAGUGGCAAACGUCCUCAUUGCUCUCCGUGGCUUUGCGGGGCUUUCCGCUGCACAGUCCUUCGCGAUUUGCGCUUCCUUUGUUGCGGAGGGGGCUAUCGCUGAGCGCUGGAAGAUUUCAGACGGGAGUGUGCGGGAAGGUGUGAGAACUUGCAACAGAGUGGCCGAAGAGUUGGCAGUUACCCUCCACUCACACAGCGUUCCAUGCUGCAACAAAUGCGGGCUCUUGACCCAGUCACGCUGUGACGGUUCGGUGAUGGUCAAGACGCGUGUGAAUCCAAAGCUGUGUGAAACGGCCUUCCAGUGGGCGUCAGGGCAAGAUUUCACCUCGGCAGUGCUCAGCAGCGGGGUGGCCAUUGGGGGCGAAGGCAUCGUUGCUCGAGCACUGCGACGCUUAGACGAACUCAUGCGCGAGGUCACCUUCGUGUUGAGACAUGAUUUGGGUUCGCCUGAGGCGGCUCAGCGUAUUCAGGAAGCGCGGCUACUGGCAAGAAGAGGUGUAUUGGCUGCGCCCUCGGCCUAUUUGGGUGCUACAGAAGACAGAGUUGCAGAGGAGAUCGAACCAGAACCACCUUGGCCACGUCAAAGUUUCGCAACAGGUUACGAAGGAUGCUUAGAUCCACUGGACAUAGGAUUUAGCCAACAAUCUUGUGCGGCCAACUUUCCGCAAUCUCCUGUGCCGCAUGGCCCAGAAAGUGUUUUAGACUUUGCAAAGGCACUGAAAGAUGGAAGCGUUCUGCCAGCACAUGUGAAGCCGAUAGAAAUCUAUUGGUUUCGCCACCGCUUCUAUUCUCUGGACAACCGGCGACUUGCAGCUUUCAGGCUUUGGCGUCUUUCUGAAGAAGAUGCAAGGGUGCCAGUUAAAGUUCUCAAUCGCAGCCAAGCUUUGAACAAACAUUGGCUCAAGAAGUUUUCUACAGGCUUCACCGGAGGACACUGCGCAUUUGUGGCGGGCGCAGCCAUUGGAACCAGACAGCCCAAACGGGUGGGCCAUGCGCCGAGCCACCUGGAUGGCAGCAGCCGCGUUCGCAGGUCGGCAGCCAUACAAGCCUCCCCGCGUUGGCAUUGUUCCUCCACUCCGCCAAAGUGCAAGCAGACACGUGCCCGUCACAGAAGAGGGAUUCAAGGGGCGGCUGAGCAAUUCACGCUUGGUGACGUACUUUGA